CUUUGUUAAUUAGCAUCGUGACGUGUCUCUGUGAGCUCAGCUAAGGAAGUGAGCGAUUUUGAAAAUGUCUGAGUUAAACUAUUUCAUUUAAGGUUGAAUACAUCUUUACUUUUAGUAGAAAUCAUGUCGAAAUGCAGUGCAGGAGACACAUCCCUGGAUUUGCUUUUAGCUUCGUUUUUGUUCUGUCAUAUUUUACGAAUAAGUUUGUCCUCUCGGUCCUGAAUUUUACGUAUCCAACCUUAUUUCAAGGAUGGCAGACGUUUAUCGGAGCCGUUCUGCUUCUUCUCUCUGGAAAGCUGGGAUGGGUGGAAAUGAGCUUCAUCAGCAGAUCCGCCGCUCUCUCCUGGCUCCCGGCCUCGCUCCUGUUUGUGGGAAACAUUUACGCUGGUUCUCGGGCUUUGUCACGCCUGGAUAUUCCUUUCUUCUUCACCCUUCAGAAUUCCUCACAUGUUGUCACCUACAUAAUCAGCACAGCCCUCCACAGAGAGAAACAGAAGAUGCACCAGCUAAAGUCCAUCAGUAUGGGCCUCAUGCUGCUGGCAGCCGUCAACCUUCCUCUGUGCGACCCUCAGGUCGACUACAGUGCAUACCUGUGGGCUGUCUGCCAUCUCCUCUGUGCCGGUGCGUACAAGGCGUUUCAAGUCCACAAGUCCAGCAGCUUAAGUGACUGUGAGCAGCAUUGGAUCAACUGUUUGUUCAGUGUCCUGCUGCUGGCGCUCGCCGCUCAUCCUACAGGUGACCUAACAGGUGCCUUAGAGUUUCCCUCUCUUCAUUCCGGAGUGUUCCACUGCGGAUGCAGCGCCAGCGCUCUGCUUGGUUUCCUGUUGCUGCUGGUUACUGUCAAACUAAAACGAGGCCUUUCCAGUGAGCAUCUUGGGAUCUGGAUCUUCAUAUCCAAGGUUACUACCAUGUCCCUCUCCCCAUUCAUGUUCAGCGUGAACGUCAACGCCCCGUCUUUUGUGUGCGUGCUCAUCAGUCUGGCUGGCGAGGCCCUGCUGGUGUUUUCCGACAGAGAUUCUCAGGCGGGAUGAUUCCACAUUCUGCUCUUCUGACCAAAUAAAACUGUUCAAUUUCUUAUGUAUUUUCAUAAAUAAAACCUCACAUGGAAUUUACUAUAACGGUU